CAAGAAUUUUUUUUUUUGAAUAUUUUUUUUAUAUAUAUUAAAAAUAAAUAAAAAAUAGAGAGGUAAAGCAAUAGUAGCUAGCUAGGUAGUGUAAUACACAUGACUCUUACCUGUUAUCUUAAGUCUCUUCUCUUGAUUAUAUAUAUAUAUAUAAGGAGACAGUGUUUUGUGAGAGAAACAAAAUAUCAAUAACAUAAGAUGGGUUUGUGUUCAAUUAUUGUUGUUGUUGUUUUGAUUGUUUGUUUGUGCGGAGAAGGUUUAGGUUUGAGAGAACAAGAAGAGGAUAGAGUUUAUGAACUACCAGGGCAACCUUUGGUGAAUUUCAAACAAUAUUCAGGUUAUAUAACAGUGAAUGAGAGUCAUGGAAGAGCACUGUUUUAUUGGUUCUUUGAAUCUGUUGAUCAACCUCAACAAAAACCUCUUCUCCUUUGGCUUAAUGGAGGCCCUGGUUGUUCUUCAAUUGGUUAUGGAGAAGCUGAGGAGCUUGGACCCUUUUCUCCUCAAAAUAGCACCCAACCUAAGCUCAAGUUGAACCCUUAUUCUUGGAAUAAAGCUGCAAAUCUUUUAUUUAUUGAAUCCCCUGUUGGAGUUGGAUUUUCCUACACCAACACCACCACUGAUAUUAGUCAACUUGGUGACACCAUUACUGCUAAGGAUUCACACACUUUCCUCAUCAAUUGGUUUAAAAGAUUUCCUCAAUUCAAAUCACAUGAUUUCUACAUUGCUGGUGAAAGCUAUGCAGGACAUUAUGUUCCACAACUUUCUGAACUCAUUUUGGAUAAUAAUAAUAAUAAUCAGAACUCUUCCGAUGAAGAUCACAUUAACUUCAAAGGGAUCAUGAUUGGGAAUGCAUUAUUGGAUGAUGAAACUGAUCAAAAGGGUAUGAUAGAAUAUGCAUGGGAUCAUGCUGUUAUAUCAGAUGGUUUAUACAAAAACAUCACAACCAUAUGCAAUUUCACCUACCCGAUUCAAAAUCAAACCGACGAAUGCAAUACCGAACUUAACAAAUAUUUCGAUGUCUAUAAGAUCAUCGACAUGUAUAGUUUGUACGCGCCAAGAUGUUUCAGCAAUGCCAGCAACACGAGAAGAUCUUCGGACGGGUGGAAUAAAAUGCGAGCCGGAUAUGAUCCAUGUGCAUCCGAUUAUACUCAACUUUAUUUCAAUAGGCCAGAAGUUCAAAAGGCACUGCAUGCAAAUGUCACCAAAAUUUCAUAUCCAUGGACUCACUGCAGUAACAAUAUAUCGUUUUGGAACGAGUCGCCGGUGUCCAUGCUUCCUGUCCUGAAGAAGCUUAUUGCUGGCGGUCUUCGCAUAUGGAUUUACAGCGGAGACACGGAUGGAAGAAUUCCUGUAACUGCGACGAGAUACACAUUGAAAAAAUUGGGACUUCCUAUAGUUCAAGAUUGGACUCCUUGGUAUACUAGUAGACAGGUAGGAGGAUGGAGCAUUGUAUAUGAUGGGAUAACAUUUGUGACCAUAAGAGGAGCUGGUCACCAGGUUCCUACUUUUGCUCCCAAGCAAGCUCUUCAGCUUGUUCGACACUUCUUAGUCAAUAAGAAUUUACCACAACAUCCUAUUUAAUAAUGACUAUGUCAUUUUGAUGUUAUAGUUUGUUAGAGGUUAAGAUGAUUGGAUAUGUGUUUGAUUUUUUUGGGGUUAAAAUUAACCCGGUUGGUGGUUUUUAUCAUUCACUCAAACUCUCUCAUUCAUGUGUGAAUGGAUUGUAUUAUUGUAUAACUUACUAAUUACUAUAUAGAUAUAAAGCUUGAGUUUGAAUAUAAGUAUGAAGACAUACUAGAAGUCUUUCUAUCA